AUGUAUCCGAGCACGAUCAUCGUCUUCUUGGCCUUCGCUGGCUCUGCCACUAUCGUUAACAGUGCAGUAAUCACUGGUACCAAUGGUGCAGGCACAUCUCCAGCUGAACGUCAUCAGGUUACUCAGUCCCAGGCACAGAUGGUUAUUGAUGCAGCAGUAAAACAAGCUAAAAAAAUUGGUCAACCGAUGAAUGUGGCAGUUGUCGAUUUCUCCGGUCAUCUCGUUGCAUUUCAGAGAAUGGAUAAUGCAUGGCCCGGAUCGAUUGAUGUUUCAAUGAAAAAGGCAAAGACCUGUUCACUGUUUUACGGUUUUACAACUGCAUCACUGUACAACGCUGCACAGCCUGGUGCACCAUUGUACGGUAUAGAAGAAACGAAUGGGGGUCUGAUUGUGUUUGGAGGUGGACUCCCAAUCUAUAAGAAGGGCAUACUGAUUGCUGCUAUUGGCGUUUCUGGUGGUACUGUUGAUCAAGAUGUGGCAGUUGCUCAAGCUGGAGUUAGUGUAUUCAACUAA